AUGAAUCCCAUAGUAUGGGAACGUCAGGUACCUACAGGACUGCCUUCAACGAUCCCUAACGCACCAUUCAAUUUUUCUCAAAAUCAGCCUCCAGCUGUACCUCCGCCUCCUGGUUUUUCAAGAAGUGCUCUUAAUGGCGCACCACCGCCAAACAAUCCAGUAAUACCAAAUCAAACCGGUCCAUCUGCAGGAACUUCUGCCAUGCAAAAUCUAUUUGGCGGUGGAGGAGGACAGCCAAAUCAAACUCAACCUGGUCGAUCUGCAGGAAAUACUGUCAUGCAAAAUGUAUUUGGUGGUGGAGGAGGACAAUCAAACCAAUAUCAAACUGGCCCAUAUACAGGACAUUCUCCCAUGCAAAAUGUAUAUGGCAAUGGAGGAGGACAACCAAACCAAACUCAACCUGGUCCACCUGCAGGAAAUUCUGCUAUGCAAAAUCUGUUUGGCGGUGGAGGAGGACAACCAAACCAAAAUCAAACUGGUCCAACUGCAGGAGGUUCUGCCAUGCAAAAUCUGUUUGGCGGUGAAGGAGGACAAGC